GAAAAACGCCGCAGAAACGAAAAUCCUGUAUACAGAUAACUGUCAUUAUCAACGAAUAGGCACUACAAGCUGAGAUGCUCUCACUCACACGACUUGAAUGAGGCUGUCAGAAGUUAACGCCAGCGGAUUAUGUUAUGCAAGCUCGCUUCCGCAGGAUAUUAGCCGGGUGUGUAACUCAGUGUGUGGCUGUACUGUACAUCAAAUCAGUAUUUAAGAUGUGUCCAAUGGUUCCCAUUUCCCUUUUGGCAGCGAUUCUCUUCGCGCUUAUAGAGUAUGCUUCAGGCGAAGGUUCUCCAAAACUUUUCUUCUACCCGACAGUGCGUACGAAGGGUUCGAAUGAAGAACGUAUUCAACUAUACAACGGCCAAAUCCUGCACGUGAGUUUCUGGACCAAUGAAACUAUAAGGCCGAGUGCUUCGAGUACAAGCUAUGACUGUAAAGUAACCUCGUUUUCGCCCUCUACUGCGAAUGUCGAUGACUGCCAUGUCGAAUACGACAGCGGUAACCAAAGGCUGAACGGGUCUUUUCGAGCCAGCGCAGACCUUUUGGGGCAUACGGAUAUCAAGGUCAUUAUAUUUGCAUCUCCCAAUCAAACCUAUAUUAAUGAUAAGAUACAUACGAUUGUGGUCCAGAAACAGUCUGUAGCCCAACACAUUUUCCUGGGCAGCAUCAUCCUCCUAGUGAGUUUAAACUACAUCAAUAUGGGUUGUGCACUUGACAUGAACGUCAUCAAGGAGACGUUAAGAAAACCGAUUGGUCCUGUUGUCGGCCUGACAACCCAAUACGGAGUUAUGCCUUCUUUAUCAUAUCUAACAGCUGUAUAUCUAUUGAGUCAGCCGUACCUGCAAUUAGGUCUCUUUACUUUUGGAUGCUCUCCAGGAGGAGGGGCAUCCAACAUGUGGACAGUACUGUUAGGAGGCAAUCUCAACCUCUCGAUUACCAUGACCUUCCUAUCAACCGUUGCUUCUCUGGGAUUUAUGCCUCUUUGGCUAUUUACAGUGGGAAAAAUGUUCUUCAAUGAAACGGCGCCGAGAAUUCCGUUUCGAAAUAUUCUCACUGGUUUGGUGGGAAUAGUCAUUCCGGUUGGUGUCGGACUAAUAAUGCAAAGGGUUUGCCCGAAAGGCACAGUAUUCUGUAAGAAAAUUCUUACGCCAUUCUCAAUAACGAUGAUUGUCUUUAUUGUUAUCUUUGGUACAUGGGUUAACCUCUAUAUGUUUCGACUGCUUACUUGGGAAAUUACAUUGGCUGCAAUGGUAAAUGUAUGGACAGGAUUUCUCAUUGGUUUAAUCGCGGCCCGAGUUAGUGGCUUGUCGUGGCCGGACGCUGUCACGGUGAUGGUUGAAACAGGUAUUCAAAAUACAGGUGUAUCUAUCGUCCUUUUGGGAGUGUCACUACCCAAACCUGACGGUGAUAUGUCAGCGAUAAUUCCAGUGACUGCGUCAGUGGUUACGCCUAUUCCACUAACCGUUUUAUGGAUUGUAUUGAAGAUCUUACGUUGUCUAAAAGGUCCAGCUCAUAAAGAAGCAGCACAUGAUAAGGAGGACGUGAGAUUCCUAUCUGCACACAACAACGAAAAAUCGUCCUAUUCAGGAUAAUUUUGAAAAGAUGCAUAUUCACAGUUGUUGUUCAUUAGCAAUUAAUGAGAACGGAUACCAUAACCAUGAUUAUAUAAGAGAGGUCUGCUCUACAUAACAGCGGCAGCAACAAGCUAAGCGGGUAUUAGAAUUUCACAAUCUAGACCUACAUCUGUGAUAUUUUUUAGCAAAUCAGACAACGAGUACGUUGAUAUCUCGAGAUAUUUAGAGAAGAGAUAUAUGCGCCAUCAUCCUCGACCAUCAGAUAUAAAUGUAAAUUGAAGCAGUACCUGGACACUAUAAAUUUCCAAUCCACCCAAAAAUAAUCGGAGAGAAAGGAUGAUCCACAAAAUUUCAUAUCAAAAAUAUCACAGUAUCGCGCGGAUUAGACCUGUCAUUUUUGUGUUGAAAUUUAUAUGAUUCAUACGGGCAGAGGGCAGUGAAAUAUUAAUAUUCUGCUUUUAAACAAACUUGCAAAUAAUACAAAAGGUUUGUAAAGGUAAACUCUUCACUUGUCGUUUGGGAAGAUCAAAUUGUGUCGGACUCAGGAUCCAUAUAGCAAUUGUAAUCUUUUAGAGUUGCUAAUAAUGGGUCGCGCAUAACCCAACACAAUUUUAGUACAAGCAGACGGUUAAUAGUAUUAAUGCCAUGUACUGGGUUCGUAAUUGACAGUAAUAUCUCAAAUACAAAGUAUAUUAUUUUUAAUAAUAGGUAAGUGGGUAAUUAUGUACGCCUAAAAAAAGAUGAAAUAAUGAAAAUAUAUGCCAAUGAAUGAUCCUUCUAUGUCAGACAAUGAGGUCGAGGAGCGCCAGCGUCUCGCGCACUGCAAUCAUCAGCAUAUCAGAUCAUUUGUUAUUUUAAUCCUUAACAACAACCUUUUUGAUGCCCUCAAUUCCGUUUUACACUUCAAAAUAUAGCCGGUCGAUGCACCAUGUUAUCGUUUAAAAGGUUACGAGUGAUCUGCACAGCCGUUCGAGAAAGUGUCUGUUCCAUGUAUAUCGGACCCAGCUCUCAAGUGAAAAAUAAGGCGCUAA